CAAGAGAGGGAUAAUAAAUAAAUAUAUGGUAGUUACGCCACUGGCAUCGAGGCCACUUGUCGUUCGUUUGGCAACAGUAUAGCAAUUGGCAACACUGCAAUCUAAAAGUCUAACCUCAAUUUUGUUAAAUGUACACAAAAAUGAGUUCGUCAGCUUGCAGCGAAAUUAUAGACGACAUUGAAGAUUUAAUAUCUUCGCAAGACAUAACGCCAAAAGAAAGGUAUAGCAGCCGAAAAUCAGUUAAAGUGAAAGCUAAAAAGAAACAGGAUGAUGUGGUGCUUGACCCUGUGAUCGGCGAUGUUCCAGGCACGCAAACCAUCUACGUCAAAACAUGGGGUUGCGCUCACAACAGCUCAGAUUCCGAGUACAUGGCCGGCCAACUGGCCGCCUACGGUUACAAGCUUACGCAAGAUAAAAGCAAAGCCGAUCUUUGGUUGUUGAAUAGCUGUACUGUGAAGAAUCCGGCCGAAGAUCACUUUAGAAAUGAAAUUGGUUCGGCUCGUAAGGAAGGAAAACACAUUGUUUUAGCCGGAUGCGUUCCACAAGGUGCGCCAAAGGCUUCCUACAUGAACGGUUUGAGCAUGAUAGGCGUGCAACAAAUAGACCGUGUUGUUGAGGUCGUCGAAGAAACACUCAAAGGCAAUACAGUAAAGCUGAUGGGCAUGAAGAAGGAAAAUGGAAAAAAGAUAGGGGGAGCCUCGCUUCUCCUGCCGAAAAUCCGCAGAAAUCCCCUAAUCGAAAUCAUUGCAAUUAAUACGGGUUGCUUAAAUCAGUGCACUUAUUGCAAAACUAAACACGCCAGAGGAGACCUGGGAAGCUAUCCGCCCGAGGAGAUUGUUGCGAGAGCUAGGCAGGCGUUCGAAGAGGGUGUCGUCGAAAUUUGGCUUACGUCCGAAGAUACGGGCACCUACGGUAGAGAUAUCGGAACGUCGUUACCGGAGUUGUUGUGGCAGUUAGUCGAAAUUAUACCGGAAGGUUGCCGUUUACGGCUCGGCAUGACUAAUCCGCCCUAUAUACUCGAACAUUUAGGGGAGAUGGCGAAAAUUCUCGCGCAUCCACGCGUUUACAGUUUCUUGCACGUUCCUGUGCAGUCUGGUAGCGAUCAGGUGCUUGCGGACAUGAAACGCGAGUACUGCCGAGCUGACUUUGAACAUGUUGUAACGUUUUUAAAGGAGAGGAUACCUGGUAUGACGAUAGCCACAGAUAUAAUAUGCGGAUUUCCAACAGAAACAGAGCAGGAUUUCGAAGACACCCUGUCCCUCUGUGCGCAGCACAAAUUCCCCAGCUUGUUCAUAAACCAAUUUUAUCCACGGUCCGGAACCCCAGCAGCUUUAAUGCCGCGUAUUCCCGCUCAAGAUGUGAAAGUAAGAACGAAAAAAUUGACCGAUCUAUUUUACACUUACGAGCCGUACCAACACAAAGAAAAUGAAGUGCACGAGGUGUUGGUAACCGAGGUGUCGCACGAUAAGCAACAUUACGUCGGGCACAAUAAGUAUUACGAGCAAGUUUUGGUACCGUUAAAUGAGAAAUACAUGGGGAAGCUGGUGAAAGUGAAAAUUGUGAAGGCGACCAAGUUUUCUAUGAUUGGUGAACCUUUAGAUCAGAUUGUGAUGCCGGGUUUGAGUAAGCCGCUACAAAGUGGAGAAAUAUCGGGCAUACAACGUCCUGUAUGCAUUGACAACACAAAACUAUAUGCAAGUAUUUGCAUACUGUUAGUGUCAUUAUUGUUGCGAAUUUUGUGGAUGCUGUUUUAGUAGCGUUUGUAUUUGUAAAUAUAAAUGCCUCUGUGUGUUUUUCUUGGUAUUUGUUUAUAUGCCGCCUGCAAGAUGAGAAAAUACAAAAUGCAUUGAGGGAAAAUAUUGAAAAUGUAAAAUGAUUUUUGUAUAUAUAUUUAAAAUGCAAUACGAAAAAUAGGUACUUUAAAUAAAGUCUCGAAUACAAA